AUGUCUUGCCAACGCCUAUCAACCGUCCACGGACUCGCACCCGAAAAGCUCAUCAAACUCGCUUUCAAGUUCCUCCCCUUCCGCACUCUCCAAGCCGUCUUCGCGACGCUUCACCCCGCUCAACAUCGCAUCUUGAUGCAACAACGGCGCCGCGGCGUGAGUCUGCACCAUCUAGCAGACACACUAUACUACCACCAAGGCGCCACACUGUCGCGCCUAUCGCGCUGGAACGAAAUGACGAAGCUGCAAAUGCAGCAUGAACUCCUCAAACGAGAACACCUCGACGAGGGAGAGGAAAAGAGCUUGAGUGAAUGGGGACUGAGGAUCAGAUUGGUGUGCGUCAUGGCUGAGGAGAGGAAGGCCUGGAAGGAGGGGAAGGAGCAGAGGAGGGUGGAGGAGGAGGAAGACAGGAGGGCAUGUAUCGCGCAGUGUAGGGCGUAUGAGGAGGAAGAUGAAGGUGAAGCUAUGGAUAUUGCCGUCGCCGCUUCGCAGGAAGGAGGUCAGGUGGUAUGCUGA